CUUCCUUCUUUUGAACUGGUUCCUCCUGUUCCUCACGCCGCAUCCUCCCUUUCCGUGCUUACCCUACUUCGGCAGCGAUGUGCUGCAUCUUCUUCUCCUUGUCGUCCUCUCCACCCUAUACGCUGAUCAUAGCCUCCAACCGCGACGAAUUCUUGGCUCGCUCCACCGCGAAAGCAAGUUGGCAUUCCUUCCCUUCUCCGACUGUAUUCCGAGCGAGCCCCUCCUCGCCUUCUCUCGCUGUAGCUUCUUCAGCCGAUUCAACGAGCAAAAAUCCUUCAGUGGAGCACUACGCCCUCUGUGGUAUAGAUGCUCACCCCUCGGGCGGCGGGACAUGGCUUGGCGUAACAAGGGAUGGGAGAUGGGGCGCCCUUACCAAUUACACGGAAGCCGGCCCACCACCGGCGCCUGCCUCGCUACAGGGAGAGCCUUAUCGCUCACGCGGGCAGCUGGUCAAGGACUGGCUUCGAUCAUCCGCUGAUGUCACGCUAGAGGAAUACGUACGAGGCAUAGCAGAGGUGCGAGACCAAUGGCCAGGCUUCAAUGUGCUGCUCGGCCAGGUAGGGCAGAAGCCCAAGCUCGCGUACAUUAGCAACAGGACUAAGUCGGGGGACGGGACGACAGGCGAUGCGCUGCAUAGUGGAGAAGAUGGACUGCCUGGUGGUGUGGAGUGGAUUAUCGGUGGGCCGAGCAGCAGCAGCAGCAGCCGCAGCAAUGGCAGCGACGUGGAUGGAAAGGAAGCACUCUCAACGACAUCUUGUGGCUCAGCAUGCAGUGGCGGACUCUCCAAUUCGGUUCUCACCGAGCCGUGGGCGAAAGUCACGACGGGCAGGCAGCGCUUUGAAGAGUGCGUGGCGAGGGCAGCGGCAAGGAGAGACGACGAGAGAGAGGGCGAAGCGCAUCUCAUCGAAGACCUAUUUGAGGCCAUGGAAUCCUCGCCUGGGCCCGUUACCACCCGCACUCAAAUGCGGUCAAGCGUCCUGAUCCCUCCCCUCAAGCUACCCAUGCACAGCCCAUCAGUGCCCGCAGCCAUACGUAGUGAGUCACGGAUGCUUGAUAGCCCUCAUUCUGCGCACCUUGAUCCGGCAGCCCCCGCUGCACCCGCUAUAAGUCGAAGCGCAACGCCGCUGGGCUUCAAGAAGGGCGGGAGCGCUUCUGGACCCAAGACAGCAUGGUACGCUACACGGACUAGCACAGUCAUUCUGGUGCGUCAGAGUGGUGAAGUGAGCUUCGUGGAGAGGGAUGUGCAUGUGCUGGAUGCUGAUGGGGUGUCUCCCACGAGGGAAGGCUGUGGGAGGCAGAGUGAGCGUCGAUUUGACUUCAGACUGGUUGAGGGGGCGCAGCGCGAAGGCAAUGAAGUCCGUACGUAGCGAAAGUGAGUCGUGUUACAUUGAGCCGAUAAUGCAUGCCUUGUACCGCUUCUGAUGAUCCACCGAGUCGAUGUCGUGCGUAAUGGUUGCCGUUGCUUUGCUCUCCAUCGCGUCAUUACAUCCCUCCUCUAAACGGUGCCCCUCGGGGCGGUCCUCCUCUGCCACGACGCGAUUGUGCUACAGAAAGCGCAAGUAGGGAGCGAAGGGGGCGCAGGAGCGUCAGUGUCAGUCUCGAUGGUAGCAUUUCGCCGUGUCCGGCCUGCUCACCUCGCAUGAUCGUCGCCCUUCCUCUAGCAGCUCCAAUGCCUCUCCCCUUCAUCGCAUUCGGUCCAACUCUCUUGAACAUAGGCGCCUGCUGC